AUGCUCAUUUUAGGCAUAUAUGUUUCCCUGCGGCCUAACAGACCUCCAUAUACUGAUCAGGAUUGCAUUCGUGUCAACUCAUCCGGUCGGUGUUUCUGUUCACACCUACUUAAUGAACACACUUCAUUUACGAAGAAUCGUAUGGUGCCAUGUACUCAGUGUUCAUGCAAGCACACCCACGAGGACCACGAGUGCUAUCCCUCGCCCUACCGCUGUCGGGCCAAGGGCUGUGGUUGCAGUGCCUUCAACUCAGCCUCCGUUUGCGCCGCCUGCGACAUGCACUGGCAGGACCAUGACACCAUUUUCGAGACUGAACAAGAGCGUAAACAGGCUGGUCGGCAAAUACGUGAGGACUGGCUGCCUUUUUCGGAACUGCCGGCCCUGCGAGACAUUGCAGUCACCGGGGUGGACAAUCCAAAUGUGGAGACACUCGCAGAUGCCCUACCCCCAGCGAUGCGGGAGAAGAUGGCUCAGUCGAAGGACAGACCGGCUUUGCCCCCAAGAUAG